GGUAGUGACGCCUGCGCAGAGGUGAAAAAAGCGGCGGUGGUGGUGAUGGUGGUGGUGGAGUCAGUCAGUCAGUCAGUGGAAGAGUGGACGUAACAGAACGCACACUUGCAACGCACACACUCCACACGCACGCACACACACGCAACAUGGAGUCAUCAUCGUCAGCAUCAGCAGCAACAGGCUGACGGAGGAGCCAUGGCUAAAACGAAAGCGGGGCCCGUCAGACACAACAGGCGGGCACGCAACAACAGCUACGGCGUCAACAAUAACAAGAAACACAUGCAGAAUGGCCUAUACGUGCAUUCCUCCCCGCCUAAAGCCCUCAAUACGGACCGGGCAGUGGACUCAGCUCGCAUCAAGGACCUGGUGAGAAGCGGCGAUGUGGCGGGUUUGGAGGGCCUGGUGCUGGAGGGGCAAGGGGGUCGCCUCCUGCACCAGCCAGCCACACACCCCCGCGUCAGGGCGUUUCCUGAAGACUGUGCCCUCCUAUAUGUCUAAGAUCGAGCUGAUCCAUGACGCCGCUGCCAAAGGGAACCUGAGGGAACUGAAGGCGCUGCUGGACCGAAGGAAACUGGCCCAGUCUAAGGAUGAGCAGGGCGUGGGCGUGCUGCACAAGGCGGUACUCAAGGGUCACACAGAUGUAGUGGAUUAUCUUAUCACUGAGUUCCCUGAGUCGCUUGAUGUCACCGAUAACGGCUUGGUUCCGCACGGGUGUCCGCUGAAGCCUGGAGACACGUCUACGCCCACGCUCGCCCGCGGCGCUCGGAGGUACCUCCUGCAGGCUUGGGAGAAGGACGGGAAGGGGCGGGCGUCGGGCUCUGCGAUGGCGGCGUAUAGGGCGCGGGAGUCCCCGGAGCGCGUGGACCUGGGGGAGGGGGAAGGGCUGGAGCUGGAGCUGGCGGACUGGAGCGACAGUGACCCAGGGAGCUGCUACCCCACCCCUCCCUCACCUCCACCACCCCCACUCGUGGACGUCCCCUCCACCCCACCGCGCCGGCUGCCUCGCCUUUUCCCCAGCCAGGCCAGGGAGGCAGGCAGGGUGGCAGGGCGCCAGUUGGGCCCCGAUCUACGCCUCACGAACCACUCUGUCUGUGUGGGCGCCGAGACCGAGUCGCCGAACCAACGCAACAGGACGCACCGCGCCUACCUCAGACACUUGCAGCGUCUGGCGGCGAGGCGUCCCGCCCUGCCUCACCGCCGCCGCCUGCCGGACAUCCCCAGGCGGCCCGUCAGUCCCCGUCCCAAGCCCCCCGACACGCCACCACCAUUCAGGCUACCCAAGACUCUCUCCGCCCCAGCCCGCCAUCCGUCCCGCACCGCCUCCCCCACCGCGCCCCCAACAGUAGACCACUCACUUCCCCUGCCUCGCCCCAGUUCUCAUCUGACGCCCCUGACCCAGCGCAGGUCAGCCUCCCUUCCUCCCCAGCCCCUGAAUCAAAGUCCACGCAGCCCUCCCUCGGCAGAGAGCCUGGCACGCGAUUUGGUCUCCACAGUGGUGAGCCACGCACUGGUCCGCCUCAAUGGGCAGAGCACCCACGAGACGGAGGCGUGGUACGCGGCGUGUGAGCGGGAGAUGAGCUGCAGGGCAAGGAGUCUGGUGAAGAGGGUGCUGGACAGGCGGGAGUGGAGUGGUGAGAGCAAAGGGAGCAGUGCGGGAGAAACAGAGACAGACGAUGCAGAGGAAGUAAAAAGUGGAGAAGUACAGAUGGAGAAGGAGACCGAGAAGGUGAAGAAUGGAAAGGAAACCAUGACAAGGACGAGGAACGGAGUGGGCGUGACACAAAGCCAGCAGGGAAGAGAAGAGGACGAAGGGAGAAAAAAAGAAACAAAACCCAGAGGAGAGGAGAAAAGAAUAACUCCUGAAGAAAACACAAAGAGGGACAACAAAGAGGACCUCAAACCACACGACAGGACAAAAAACAAGAACAAAGAAGACAACGAGGACCCAGGGGAAAACCGCCUCGUCACCCCACCAACACAGACGCUAAAAUUGAAACCUCGGGACCAAGACAUGACAGAAGUAGGACAUGCAGGACCCGUCACCCUACGCCCUCAGUCCUCACUCCUCCCCAUGUUCAUCAUCAGGGAAGGGUACACCACUAACUUCCGCCCCAUGUGCCCAUAUCCUGAAGGGGACUGUGAGAAUACGACCCAAGAACCUGAAGAAAGAUACCAGCAGUUGUCCUCUUCUUCUUCUUCGUCGUCGUCGUCGUCGUCGUCUUCUUCCUCUUCCCCUUCUUCUUCUUCUUCGCCUCCUCCUACUUCCUCUUUUUCUUCAACAGAUUCCGGGGUACAAGUGAAGUUUAAAUCCUCUCACAUCUCGAUCCCAUUAAAAGCUAAAGAGGUUCCGAAGAGAGUCUCCAGUUUAAGACCAAAACAAGACACUGCCACAUCCCUCCCUCGAGUUAUGGAUAAACUUCCACCCACCUCCACCACCUCCACCUCCACUGCGGUUCAAAAUAUCACAAGUGCCACCCCAGCUGCAAUUAUCACUGUAAACCCAACCAACAUGGCGCCCACUACCACCCAGCUCACUACCACACCAAAGUCAACCAGUAUUACGUCUACCUCAACCACCACAGCCACCCAUGGUAGUUCUCCUCCACUUAGUACAACCACAUCAGCAACCAUCACCCAAAACAGAUCAUCCACAACUCCUCUUCCUCCACUUACACCCGCAAACACCAGCACUCCACCCACGGAAGCCUCUCCACCUACCUCAACCACUCCACUUAAAGGCAAAAGUAUUCAUCCUAUCACCACACCACAUUCACCACGCUUACCCACGCCCUCCGAACACCACACCACAGGCAAGACCUCCCCGUCCACUCAGCCUCCUGCAGAAGGUGGAGCAGGGGGAACUAACCUACCUGAAGGGGCUGAAGGAAUUGGUGGUGGUGUGGGUAAGGAAGAAUCUAAUGGAGAAUCACAAUCAUCACUUACAUCAUCACCACGGAAGGAUACGGGAGAUGAGUUCAGACCAUCCACAUCUUUGCUACGACAACUGCUGCCAUCACCACCACAGUCACCACCACAGUCACCACCACAGUCACCACUACAGUCACCACCACAGCCAGACGUGAUAGAGGACUCAACGCUGCCACAACAGAACUUAAUGACUACUGCAGCUAAUUCCGUGUCUGCCACCACCACCACCACCACCACAAGUUCACCACCACUUCAGACAAACGACGCUACUACCACCACCACCACCACCACCACCACCACCACCACCACCACCACCACUACUACUACUACUACUACCACUACACCAAAUACAACCUUCCCAACCACAACAACCUUCACAACCACACCACCACCACAUCACACCACCACCACCACCACAACCACAACACCCCUCAACCAAGACCCACCAUCCCCAGCACCACCACUACCAUCAGCACCACCACUACCUUCACCCCCUAAUACGAAGUGGAAGAAGCAAAAAAUCCACUACCCUCUCCCCAAGCCACCUCCCUCUCCACCUCCCUGACCUCCUAUGACCUCAGGAGCCUCGGGGGACUGAGUGCUGCCUCCGUGGAGAUCCAGAGAGUGUUCAGGUCCCCUCCCCCUUCAGGCACGUCCCGAGGUCCCCUAGUCCAACCAUGGGGGAGCUCUACACUCUGAUGGAAGGCAGGGAGUGAUUGGAGGAGGAGG